AAGCUGAAAGCUCGUCAAAAAUUUCCCGCCAAAGCAUCCCUCAGCCGGCCAUAACCAAUUACUACAUGACAAACACAGCUAAUUACUCCAAUCACAAAAUUUUCUCCUUCCUAUCUCGCUUAUCCCGUCAUUUCUAUAAUUCUUUUGUUGAACCAGAGAGUCGUCUAAUUUUCAGUCCUGAGGAAUGUAUGGGAAAAAGGGAAGCGAAUUAGUGAAAGAACUUGCGAGCAGUGAACCUGGACAACUCACAGCUUUUAAUAAUGACCUAUUUGCCCAAGUAAUCGAUGAAUGUACAGGCCACCUCCAUCACCUUGGCUCAUUGAUAAGGAAAAUUGAAGAGCUAAAGAAGAUUGAAGAGAUAAAGAAACUUAAUAACCAGGAAUUAGAAGAAUCAGAAAAACAGUUGCUAAAAGCUCACAACUCGGGGGCACUCAUCCACCACCUUUCUCUACUCCGCAACAAGCGUUGUUUGAUGGCUUAUGUGUAUAAUAGAGCAGAAACUAUACGAAGUUUGGGAUGGGCUGUUGAGAGAGUUCUGCCUGAAGAAAUAGAAGAGAAGCUCACUGGCUCUGAGAAAGAAUAUUUCAAGAACCAUGCUGCAAGUUUACAAUCUUAUAUGUCAGAACUUGAUCUUGAUUUAGCUGUGGACAUGGUCCCGCCAAAAGAUCCCUACAUCAAAGUGAGGGUACUAGAGGAUAUUGGAAAUGUUCUGCUCAGUGAUCAGUCAGCUAACUUAGCUCGCCAUGCAAUUCUUUUUCUCAGAAGAACUGAUGCUGAGCAAUACAUCUCCCAGGGCUUAAUGGAAGAGCUGACUGGUUGAACCAAGUGAUUAUGGUUCUUUCUGGACAAGAAUGGCUUCAACUUAUGCUGUACCUGUUUGUACAAAUUUGUUUUCUAGGAGAAUAAUCCGAAGACUACAUAGAUCAGUUACUGCCUGCAGCGAACAAGAGGAAUCCCAAGGGAAUUCGAAGGUGUUCUGAAUUUAUUUUUUCCAAGUGAAACUUUCCUUUUGUUUGACUUGCUGAUCUGACAUGGUAAGAUAGAUGCGAACGGUCAUUGUGGUGCUUUGAUAGCUUUGAUCUUUAUCUAACUUGUAACAAUUUUAAUUUAUAGUCAUUCGUAAUCUUAGUUGACAUCAUAUGGUUAUCGCAA